GCCCAGCAUGGCCCCGCCGUCCGCGUCCGCCGACGACAAGCUCAACCUGCUCACGCAGCCCUCGGCCAUCGCCGCGCCGCCGGCGACGAAGCGCGACAAGCCGCCGCAGCCGACGCCCGACCACAAGACGAGCGAUGAUCCGGUGCAGGACAUGGUCCACCUCGCCGCCUCGCGCGGAGGAGGCUUUGCCAGUCUGCGCGACCCCUUCGCCAACGCAGACACGGCCUUCUCCGAGAAGAAGCGCGACGAGCUCAAGCUGCGCGGCCUGCUGCCGCCGGCCCAGCAGUCUCUCGACGUGCAGAUCCUGCGUGCCCUCGAGCAGAUCCGCGUCAAGAAGACGGACCUCGGCCGCUACAUCGCCCUCGCUGCGCUGCGCCAGAGCAACGUGCGUCUCUUCUACGCCCUCAUCAUGCAGAACCCCGAGGAGACGCUGCCGAUGAUCUACACGCCCACUGUCGGCGAGGCGUGCCAGAAGUUCUCGCGCAUCUUCCGCCAGCCCGAGGGCCUGACCAUCUCGCUCUCCGACAAGGGCAACGUCGCCAGCAUUAUCGACAACUGGCCCGUGCCCGCCGGUGCGCCGCGCAUCGCCGUCGUCACGGACGGUUCGCGCAUCCUCGGACUCGGCGACCAGGGCUGGGACGGCCUGGGCAUCAGCAUUGGCAAGCUCUCGCUGUACGUCGCCGCCGGCGGCAUCCACCCGCGCGCCACGCUGCCCAUCGUGCUCGACGUGGGCACGAACAACGAGGACAAGCUCAAGGACCCGCUGUACCUCGGCCUGCGCCAGAAGCGUGCCAGCGACGAGGAGGUGCUGCCGCUGGUGGAUGAGAUGAUGGAGGCGCUGCAGAAGGCAUACCCCAACCUCAUCGUCCAGUUCGAGGACUUCCAGAGCGAGCGCGCCUUUGCCUACCUUGACCGCUACCAGAACAAGUACCGCAUGUUCAACGACGACAUUCAGGGCACCGGCUCGGUGAUCCUUGGCGGCUUCACCAACGCGGCGCGCCUCAACUCCAAGGCCUCGGGCCGUCCGCUGUCCGACCAGCGCAUCCUCUUCUUUGGCGCCGGCAGUGCGGGCGUCGGCGUGGCGAAGCAGCUGUGCGCCUUCUUUACGCGCCAGGGCCUGAGCCAGGACGAGGCACGCCGUCGCAUCUGGCUGGUCGACUCCAAGGGCCUCAUCACCAAUGACCGUGGCGACAAGCUGGCGGAGCACAAGGUGUACUUCAGCCGCGAUGACAAUGAGGGCAAGCAGUACAAGGGCCUGCUAGACGUCAUCAACUACGUCAAGCCGACGGCGCUCAUCGGUCUCUCGACGGUUCCCAAGACGUUCACCGAGGAGAUUCUGGCGCGCAUGGCCGAGCUGAACCCUCGUCCCAUCGUCUUCCCUCUCUCCAACCCAUCGUCGCUGUCCGAGUGCGACUUUGAGACGGCCGUGCAGGCCACAAAGGGCCAGGUCAUCUUUGCCGCCGGCUCGCCGUUCCCCGAGACGGACUACGAGGGCAAGCAUCUCAUUCCGGGCCAGGGCAACAACCUCUACGUCUUCCCCGGCAUUGGCCUCGCCGGCGCCCUGGCAAAGUGCGGACGCAUCAGCGACGAGAUGAUCACGGAGUCCGCUCUCGCCCUCGCUGACAGCCUGAACGACGAGGAGAAGGCCGAGGGCCGCAUCUACCCGAGCCUGAAGCGCAUGCGCGACAUCAGCGCCUACGUCUGCGCACGCGUCAUCAUCAUGGCCAACCGGCAGGGCCACGCGCGCGACGGCGGCUACACGGCCAGCAUGACCGACGACGAACUCGUGUCGUGGUGCCGUGGCGAGAUGUUCGAGCCUUCGUACGAGAAGCUGCUCGCCUAAAACAGAGGCAGAGCAAUGCGCGCGCGCCGCGAUGCGUCACCACUUCCUCCCUCUCCCACACGCUUCACCUGCUCACACAUGGUUCACACUUUCUUGUCACGAUGACCCGCUUCGAUCUUGACCCACAUGUGCCCUACUUGCCUCUUUCCCUCUUGCGUACUAGCCGUUGCGCCUGAGGCACGGCCGAACGCUGAGACAAAUGACACACACACACACUGGGC